AACCCCCCCACCGCCCCAGACCACCACCUUUUCAUUCCCAUUCUGGAAGACGGGAGAGGAGCCGGCGAGAACGGGAGGAGGAGGAGGAGGAGAAGGUGGCAGCGACCAGCGACCAGUGAGCCGUUUCUCCCUUUUAUUACCUCCAUUCACAAAUCCACUGCGUCCUAUUGUACCGGCGAUGUAGAGUCGUCGCGGCGACCAGAGGAGGACGGGUCCCAUUGACUGCCGUGGCUCAGUCCCUCUCUCCCUUUCUCUCUCUCCAGACGUUAGCCCUUUUCAUCGCAUUCCCCGGCUUUUCCCUGAUUCUCUCCCGUGCCACGUCUCCGCUUUUCCUUCCUUUUUUCGCUCCUGCUGGUUGUGCCUUUGUCCCCUUUUCACGCCACCGAGGACUCAGAAGGCAGUGGCUUUGGCCGGGAGUGGGUGUGUCGUUUGUGGAGCCUGUCAUUGUGUUUGGUUCUGCUACAAAGGACAGCGGAGUGCGGAGCGAGGAGGAGAGCACCAGAGAUAAUAGGAGGGGAGGCUGAAUGGUAGAGAGGACGAAGGAGCAGGAGGAGGAGGAGGAGGAGGAGGAAGGGGGAGAGCAUGGGACCACAGGAACAAUCUCUGGAAGGUGAAUUGUGAUAAAGGGAAAAUGAUGACAGAGAUUGACGGCACCUUGGAGACAUCUGCUCCUUCCAGCGAGUGACACUUCUUGGGAGACGCCGGAGGCAGUGUUUUGCCCCACCAAAGAGCCGGCGGUGCUGUUGCUAAGCAAAGGGGCUCCGAGCCGAAGUUGUGGUCGUUGAUUUGUGAUCAGGAGUCAUCCCCCUUAACUGCCGCCACCAUGAAGGGGGACUCCGAGGAGAGCAUCGAGAGCACCAAGCCCUCCAACCUGCAAGCCUUCGCAAACAUCUCCACCCUCCAUGGCAUGAGCCACAUCUUCGCCUACGGGCACAUGACGUUCCGCCGGUUCCUCUGGACGCUCUCCUUCUUGGGCUCGCUGGGCCUGCUGCUGCUGGUGUGCAUGGACCGCGUGUCGUACUACUUCGAGUACCCCCACGUCACCAAGCUGGACGAGGUGGCGGCGCCCAACCUCACCUUCCCCGCCGUCACCUUCUGCAACCUCAACGAGUUCCGCUUCUCGCAGAUCACCAAGAACGACCUCUACCACGUCGGCGAGCUGCUGUCGCUGCUCAACAGCAACUACCAGAUCGCCAACACGCACUUGGCGGAGCCCGAGGUGCUGGCCUCCCUCAAGGAUAAGGCCAACUUCCAGAACUUCAAGCCCAAGCUGUUCAACAUGACCGACUUCUACAACCGCACGGGGCACGACAUCAGCGACAUGCUCCUGCAGUGCACCUUCCGCGGCGAGGACUGCCUUCCAAGUAACUUCACCACGAUUUACACACGCUACGGAAAGUGUUACACCUUCAACUCCGGUCUGGACGGGAACCCGCUGUUGACCACGCUGAAGGGGGGCACGGGGAACGGCCUGGAGAUCAUGCUGGACAUCCAGCAGGAUGAGUACCUGCCCGUGUGGGGAGAAACAGACGAGACCUCGUACGAAGCGGGCAUCAAGGUCCAGAUCCACAGCCAGGACGAACCGCCCUUCAUCGACCAGCUGGGGUUUGGCGUUGCGCCUGGUUUUCAAACCUUUGUGUCGUGUCAACAGCAACUGCUGCAGUACCUGCCACCGCCUUGGGGCGACUGCAAGUCCACCCCCAUAGACUCCGAGUUCUUCUCCACGUACAGCAUCACGGCGUGCCGCAUCGACUGUGAGACGCGCUACCUGGUGGAGAACUGCAACUGCAGGAUGGUGCACAUGCCCGGUACCUCGACUGUUUGCACACCUGAGCAGUACAAAGACUGUGCCGACCCGGCGUUAGACUUUUUGGUAGAGAAAGACAACGAUUACUGUGUCUGUGAGACGCCCUGCAACAUGACGCGCUACGGCAAGGAGCUCUCCAUGGUUAAGAUCCCCAGUAAGGCGUCCGCUAAGUAUCUGGCUAAGAAAUUCAACAAAACCGAGCAAUACAUCGGAGAAAACCUUUUAGUGCUGGACAUCUUCUUUGAAGCUCUGAACUAUGAGAAGAUCGAGCAGAAGAAAGCGUAUGAAAUCGCCGGGCUUCUCGGUGACAUCGGAGGACAGAUGGGGCUGUUUAUUGGAGCCAGCGUCUUGACAAUACUGGAAAUAUUCGACUACUUAUACGAGGUGUUCAAGGAUAAGGUCCUUGGUUUCUUCAUCCGCAAGAAGCGUCCACGGCGAUGCCAGAGCGAUAAUCUGGAGUUUCCAGAGAACCCAACCGGCCCUGGUGUCACGCCUAAUCAUGCCCCCAGAGCACCUGUGACACCCUCCGGAGUCACUCGGACAGUGUCGGAUUCACGCCGAACAUGUUACCUCGUCACCCGACUCUAGGGAACUUCGAGGAGUUUGCUUGUUGACCCGGUGAUGGAGUCGCAGACCGGGGCCAGGUGGGGGAGGGUGGGGUGGGGGGGGACACUAUCGAGGAUCGGCUACAAACUGUGAAAUAAUUUAUGUAAAAGUAAAAAAGUGAAGAAAUCCAAAUGGGAGAAAACAUUGAGCGUAUACUCGACAGCGUGGUAGACCUUAUCAAUGCCUGAAUAGAAAUAGAAUACUAUCAUCAGUUACAAAAAAAAUAAACACCAAAAAAUAUAUACCCUUCCAAAACACAAACUCAGGUUUAACUGCCAUGCCGAGGGCGUCCACCUUUUAUUUCAUAUCGUUUAAGACGUUCAUGGUGUUCAUCCGUGGUGUAGUUCACUCGCUCGCUUCUGUCCAUCCAUGCUUUCUCUUGGUUGAGGGUUUUUCUUCUGAUCCAAAAGGUAUUUCUGACCGAGUUAAGCGAUUGUUUAUGGGAAAGAUUGUGACCAGAGGUCAUACAAUAAAAUGUAUAAUUACAUUGCACCACGUGCUUUGAGAAAUCUGUGGCCUAUGAAUCCAAGGAAUAGAUGUGGACUGGCAGGAGUGGCAUACAUUCAAAGGAUGAACAGUGAUGCCCCCUCUCUCCCCCCAUGUUAUCUGAUGAGGCAGGUUGAGUGACUCGUUAUCCCUUUGACCUCUCACCUAGUUAAAGUCACAGAAGACGGGUGUCUGACGUUUUGAGGGGUCGAUGGCUCAUUAUCAGGAUAACAACACGGUCUUCACUCGUGACCCCGAGUCAAAACACACAUCCAUAGCUUAUCGCACUGCUGUUUGUCACUAUGCCUUUGUUAUUGCUAAGCUUUCGUCUCUUCGAGUGGAGGAAUGUACACACACAGACACCUAGACCUCUUGAACGUAGCCUGAAAGCGUCGACUGACGAGGAUUGACAACAAUAUGAGUCGCUAUGGAUUGAACAUUGGUUGGGCAACAUUGGAUGUGGUGAGAGUGUUUUAAUGGAUGUCUGUUUGAACUGUUUCUCACCAAGGUUCACAGAGAGGAAGUGAGUCAGGCGAGAAACGAUUGUAUCUUAGUAUGACAUGGCUUAUAUUUAACCUUUACAUUAUAAUUUUCAAGUUGUAGAAUAGUGUUGCUAUAAACGACAUAAUGACUGUCAUGAGAAAAAUGCAUCCAUUUAGUCCGCUGUCAACCUUGGCCCUGGUUUCCGUUCGAUGAUUCAGUUUAGAAGAUCAACCACAUUGACACAGUGACAUUCUGCAUUAUUCCUCAUUUGUCCUUACCGAUGGCAAAAUAAGUUCAUAAAUCAGCACAAGCCCCAGUGAUAGUAAUCUAUUCUCUAUUAUAAAUUCAUGGAGAACAGACCGUCUGUAGAUAACAUUCCUUACCGUCACAUGAAUAUGUACAUACCCACAGAAAUGCCAUACGAAAUUCUAGACUCCCCACGGGGUCAACGUUUUGUUCCAGGGGUUUUUCGCCCUCCCCUCUGAUCUCGUACCAGAAGUCCAGUCCGUUCACCAGGCGCCACCUAAACCUAAUCCCGUCCACGUAUAGCCCUUGAAUGUGUUUAUAUCCGAGUGGACCCCGAGUGUCUUCCACUCUCCAGUGACUUAGGCCUACGCGACCGACACUUGAAUAGAAUUUGUAGAGACAAAGAUGUAAAAGGAAAACAAAAAAAACAACAUCCCUGACUAUCUUAUCUUAAAUCAAUUUUUAAUAUUGCAUCAUUGUAUCCUAUUGUUAUUCCGAUAUCAUGUAUUGAAACCGCAAAAGAAAAACGACAAAUUGUGAUGUAUAAACCAUCGAGUAUAAUAAACGAUACAUUUAACCAUCUCCCUCACGUUCCCACAACUUCUCUUCUUACACGUCUGUCUGUUUAUUUUCCCGCUUGUCUUCCAUGUUUGUUUCUUUUCCCCUCCCCGGACCCAUGGCUCUGGACUUGUAACCGCGCCAGUAACACCUCACACAUCUGAACUGUGAUCAUUUGUUGGGACUACAGUUCAGAGACAACAGACAGCCUAUGUUGUGUUCUUUGUUGUUGUUGUUUUUUUACUUGGUGAGCUUACCGCCUUGCCAGUAGGGCGGGUGGUGUUAGAAACACCGGAGCUUUAUUACUCUGUUGUCUGCUUAUUUAGAUGACUGUUGUGAAGCACAAAACCUUGGGAAAUCAGCCAUUACUUUUUGGAGCCAAUGACAGGCAGGUCUUGUUACCACGACAACGCGCCUAUAGGCUUUAGUUUGGAGUGUCCAAUACACUACACGCGCACUUAAAGGUUAAUCAGGAAUACGAGAACAUACUUUGCGUCAGAUCAACAACAGAGUCCAGACCUAAUCCAAAGGAAAAUAAAAAUAUCGGUUUACUAUUCAGGGUUGUUUAAUUAAUGGGUGGUGUUGUGUUGUCAGCAAUAAAUUAAUUGAUUACGGUACUACUGUUAACAAAUCCAGUCGGCAUACAUCCUACACUUGAGGAUUCCCAAAUUGCAUUCAUUCAUUCCUGUCCGGUAGCUGUUUAACGAACGUAGGCGAGAUGGCUACGGGUUUUGACAUGUGUAUAUUAAAGUUCUAUAUAUUACGAUGAUCUUACAUAUUAACUGGUUAAGAAUACCAAAAAAUAUUACUAAAAGGUAUUGCCCCAAAUUAAAUGUGACAUUGUGAUGCUAUACGAUAUCGUUGCAGACAGUUUCUAUGUCAUAUGUCGUCCCAUUUCAUCAGCGUAAGAAUGGUUCAUAAAAAAACCUUGUCUAUUGGGAUGAUAGACAACCAACUGUGAACAUGGGGUAAACAUGGGGUUAACAUUGUUAACACGUGGCCGUGGGUCCCUUCCCCCUCGUAUCCCUGCCUUACUACCGGUCAUACAAACUAUGUAUCCCAGCUAGCAGCUAUCUUAGGGCUUGAAAUAUUUGUGCUAAUUUUUUUCCAAGUAGUUAUACAAUUUCAACGUGCAUUUAUGAAACCAUAGAUGAACAGCAUUUCAUAUCAAUAUAUAUAUCUAUAUAUAUAGCCUUUUAGAUUAUAAUUAUUGAAUUAUCAAAGAGCUUGAUCCAUCACACUCUGCAGCACAUUAUGUCAUUUUCCUUCUUGCAUGACCAUUGUGUAUUACCAAUAUCUACCUACUGUAUUAUCAGACCUGUUGAAACAUUUAUUUUUUUGCAUUGUAUCCAAAUGUCAUUUUGAGCCAGAUGAAACAACGUGUUAAUGCAGCCAUUCCCUCUGUGCUAUGAAAAGUAUAUUAGACCUUUGGAAAAAUAGCAGCACCGACAACCUCGAGGAAGGCUUGGGAUUGUGCAAUAUUUAAUUCAGUGUGGGCGCGAUGAGUGACUUAUGUUCCUGACAUUUUGAAUGGAGAGCGAGAGAAAAAGAAAAGAAAAAACCUUAAGUGGCUUGAGGUGAAGAGUGGUAUUUACAGGUAUUCUGUUUUGUAUAUUUUAUGAUUGCAUGCACAAACAAUUUGGGGAAUCGGGCUUGCUUCAUCUGGCUCUGCGUACUGUACAUUACAGUAUAUUGUAGAUUUGUGAUUUAACACUGACGUGGACAUUAAAUAGCUCCUACCCUCUUAAA